AUGGCGAUACAACUCGAUGACAUAACGCGGCAGUUGCGCCGCCAGAUCGAAGGGUUCGAGCCGCCGCUGGAGCGGCGCGAGGUCGGCACGGUGAUGAGCGUCGGCGACGGCAUCGCCCGCAUCUCCGGCCUGGGCGGCGCCAUGGCGACCGAGCUCCUUGAGUUUCCCCACGGGGUCCCCGGCAUCGCCCUCAACCUGGAGCGCGACGUCGUCGGCGCGGUGAUCAUGGGACCCUACGAACACAUCGAGGAAGGGGACACGGUCAAGAGCACCGGCCAGAUCGCUUCGGUGCCGGUCGGCGACGACCUGAUCGGACGGGUCAUCGACGCGGUCGGCACGCCCAUCGACGGCAAGGGCGAACUGCACCUGCCGGAGCGCUACCCGAUCGAGCGCAUCGCUCCCGGCGUGAUCGAGCGGGACAACGUGGAUACGCCGGUGCAGACCGGCAUCAAGGCGAUCGACGCCAUGAUCCCGAUCGGCCGCGGGCAGCGCGAGCUGAUCAUCGGCGACCGCCAGACGGGCAAGACCGCGAUCGCGAUCGACACGAUCCUCAACCAGCGCAGCGGCGACCUGGUCUGCAUCUACGUGGCCAUCGGCCAGCGCCAGGCGCAGAUCGCGCAGGUGGUCGCCUCGCUGGAGGAGCGCGGCGCGAUGGACCACACCGUGGUGGUGGCGGCCUCGGCGGCGGAACCUGCGCCGCUGCAGUACAUCGCCCCCUAUGCCGGCUGCGCGAUCGGCGAAUACUUCAUGGAGCAGGGGCGCGACGCGCUGGUCAUCUACGACGAUCUCAGCAAGCACGCGUGGGCGUACCGGCAGGUGUCGCUGCUGCUGCGCCGGCCGCCCGGCCGUGAGGCGUACCCCGGCGACGUCUUCUACCUGCACUCGCGGCUGCUGGAGCGGGCGGCACGCCUGUCGGAGGAGCGGGGCGGCGGAUCCCUGACCGCGCUGCCGAUGAUCGAGACGCUGGCCGGCGACGUCUCCGCCUACGUGCCGACCAACGUCAUCUCCAUCACCGACGGGCAGAUAUACCUGGAGAACGAGUUGUUCCACGCGGGCCAGCGGCCGGCGAUCAACGCCGGACUCUCGGUCUCACGGGUGGGAGGCGACGCGCAGACCAAGGCUAUGAAGAAGGUGGCCGGCAGGAUGCGGUUGGAUCUGGCGCAGUUCCGGUCGCUGGCGGCGUUCGCGCAGUUCGGUUCGGACCUUGAUGCGACGACCCGCGACCAGUUGGAGCGCGGCCUGCGGUUGACCGAGCUGUUGAAGCAGCCGCAGUACGAGCCGGUGCCGCUGGAGGAGCAGGUGAUCGCCAUCUACGCGCUGACCGAGGGCUUCGCGGCGCCGGUGCCGGUCACCGACAUCCAGCGAUACGCCCGCGAGUUGGUCGAGUUCGUCGGCAGCACCCACCCGGAGAUCCGCGCGACCAUCGGCUCGCGCCGUGAGAUCACGGACGACGUGGAGUCGGCGCUGCGCGCUGCCCUGGAAGAGUUCGGCGGACGCUUUCAGCCGACCGCCCUGUCUGCGGCGGACCGGCAGGUGGCGGGCGGGGCCUGA